AUCCUCAUCCUCCCUCAUGACUCUCCGCCCCUCCACAUUCUUCUCCACCUCAUCAAUAAGGCUCUCCAUGUACUUCAGAUCCUUCCCAACCAGCGUCACCGUAUUCCGCUUCUUGCCCCACCGCGGAUAACUACCCACCUUGAUACCGUGCGGCUCGACCCUCGCCGCCAGCUCUGUCAGAUACGGCGCAAUCGUACUCUCAUACAAUGGCGUCGCGAACAGGAGCCGAUGCAUCCCAUCCCCAUCUGGAUUAACUAGACGGGGUUGUAGCAAUGGCUUAAGCGCAUUGCACAGGCGCUCGAACAGCAGCGGCACGCCGGGGAGGAUAUAGACGUUCCCGUUGACAAUGGAGACGGGCAGCCAGAGGUCGUCCGCGACAAAUAGAGCCUGGUCUUUCAGCGGGAUGGCUUCAUCUACGGGUAUCUUGACCAUGCGUAGUCGUGCCGUGAGUGCCGGCGAAGGGGUAUCCCAGUCGAAGUCUCGUUGCGCCUGUUGCGGUUUGGAGAGGUUGCGCAUCCGCGCCAGGGCCUCUUCGUGUAGCUUCAGCUUGAGGCCAAAGGCCCGUGCUAUUGAUUGGUAGGUAAUGUCAUCGUGGCUGUUUUUAUUGCGGGGUGUAUGUGGUGCUGGGAUUGGAUGGCGGAGAUGUGGAUAGGUUGUGAUUCGGUUGUGAUAUCCUCCGCGACCACCAGCGCCCACCGCCCGCCGGCACACACCCAAGAAGUUAGUAUGCAUAUGUAGCGCGGUGAUAAGACUGUGAGGUGGAACAGGGGCUACGUAUGCAUUUGUUGACACAUGGGAAUGUAUGUACAUAUGUAUGCUCUCCAUGCUUAAGAGGGGAAUGACGAGAAAAAAAAUGGAGGGGAAUUUGGGGAUUGGGGGAUAGGAAUUUCAGGAAACGAACGUUGGGCCGAUUCCUCCGCUUGUUACAACGAAGUCGUAUUUUUCGCUCAUCCGUUUUACAGCUUCGAUAAUCUCGCUCUCAUCAUCUGCAAUGACCUCUAUGCGCUUUAGUGACACGCCCAUUGAGAAGCAGUACUUUGCGAAAAAGGGGGAAUUGGUGUCGACGGUCUGGAAGGAGGGGGUUACUCCCAGUGUUAGCGUAGCUGGUUUUUGUUAUUUAUAUCAAUGAACCCAGUAGAUACACGGUCCCCAGUGCCCGCAAGAGAAAUAAAAUUAACGCACCUUCCCGCCUAAGACUUCGUCGCCGAUUAUCAGACAUGCUGCUGUGCGUAUCGUUUUCUUGCUGUUCGCCAGCGCUGUCACCGUAUAUGAUGUCAUGGAGAGCGGAGACCCAAUCGGACGGGCUGCUGUGGCAGCAGGAAUAUGUACGGAAUUGGGUCGUGGGCGGGAGAGACGUCUGACUAGCUGGUUGAUGCGGGGAAUCAUUUAUCUUGCGUGCGCAGACAAAGAAUUGGGCAGCAGGGGGCUAGCGGAAUUUGGCUGAACAGGGCUUUUAUCAGCUUGGAUGUUUGGAGGGAUAUAAAAAGAGCCGACCGAAGCUUGGCCCUGACCGAGACCCGAGCAGAAGCGAGCGGCUAAGAAGGUGCGGCAGUGCUCGCGGCUAACUCCUCCCAACCUGCCUGCCCCCCCCACCAUCGUCGUCACCCGCCAACCAGCCCUUGGAAACAUAUCAGACAAAAAGUCCCUUGUCGGCUGCCAGGGAAAGAAUACUUACUAUUCAACUAUUGACAUAUUUGUCGAUAAACCCCUGUUCCUCUCCCAUCCCCUCAGUUUCUAUACAUCACAUCGUACAGCGGUUCGAGAGAACCACCCGUAAGAUCCCAAGAUGUCCGACACCAGGUUAUAUUCCUUCUCCCCGGAGACAAAAGAGAAGCUUCGCAAGUUUCGGUUGGGAACGUCUAGAGCGAAGGAUCCUCAAGCUAUCAUCUAUACGAUCGAUUCGAAGAGCCAAGAGGUCCGCCCCGCCGAUGACGAAGUAUACAACAAGAUGGAAGAUGUUGCAGACGAACUUCCGGAUUCGUCACCCCGGUUUAUCCUGCUCAGUUAUCCGCUCACGCUGUCCUCCGGCCGUCUCUCCGUCCCUUAUGUCCUGCUCUACUACCUGCCAGAAAACUGCAACCCCUCAUCGCGCAUGAUGUAUGCUGGCGCUGUCGAGCUGAUGAGAAACACCGCAGAGGUGAACAGGGUUAUCGAAGUUGGUAGUGAAUCAGAUGUGAUUAAUAUCGAGGCGAAGCUGCGAGGUUCGGAAUAAUCAAGAGAAACCGAAAAAAAGGGACAAUACGGUAGAAAUAUGUUAUAUUCCUUACAGGGGUCUGCCAUGCUUCCCAUUUCCGUUUCUCGAAGAUACAUACAUACUGAGAAAUUCGGGCGUGUGGUUUAGGACCAACCCUUUUGGGGAAGUUCAGGGGUACAUACUUGCAUAUAUUAAUUACACUACCUAACCCGAAAUAUCUAUAGAAGCUAUAGGCCCGGGGAUGAAAUAGGCCUGUUGGCACAGGAAUAGGCGUUUGCUUUAUCUUGUUUUGCAUUCUACAAAUUUUGGUUUGCAUCUGCGUGUCUUUAAAGUGUCCUGUCUCGUGCAUUAAUUUCUAUAUUUCCGGCUGUUCAAACCUCUAACUUAAGACGAGAAACGACUUUCCUUUUUCGUUUUUUUUUUUUUUUUUUUUUUUUUUUUUUUUUUUUUUUUUUUUUUUUUUUUUUUUUUUUCCACGAGCUCCAGAACACUUUGAUUUGACAUCCCCCUCAUUUCCAUUAGUAUAUUUAUCCAGUGACUUAUUGAGUAUAUGAAAGCCUGCAUUUAGUUCCAGCAGACCCACAUCUACCCCAAUGAUAAAACUUCUCCGACGGUGAUAUAUAAAAUGCACGGAGGACCGGAGAGAUGAACAAUGGUAUGACAAGAUUUCCCAGUACGUUACACGGUCUUCGAUUGCAUUGUCUCAAUUUAUAAAUUUAGCCACUUCUAUAUGUAUUUACAAUAUUAUUUUGCAGCUAGCUGUUCAUCACAGCACGUGAAGGGUCUUAUUCUAUCUUCUUUCCGUGGGCUGCCGAAAGAUGGCAUUUGAUAUCACCACUGAUGAAUAUGUCUGUCCCAUCCUUUUAUGAUGAUUUCUUGUACAUGGCUGUGGGUGAUGCCUGGAGGAUAUUGUAUCGGCGAUAACGACGUUCUCCCUACGGCCAGCUGCGAAAACAACAACUUCAGCGAUAUCAUCGCCCGUGAGAGGCUCGCAGCCACUAUAUUUUGUUAAUCAAGACAUUUCGAGCGUAUAGUUUAGUGGAGUGAUUGGAUUUUUAUACUUACGCAUAGACGGCGUCGGCUUUGGACUUGUCUCCAUAGAACCGAACGACGGAGAACUCCUUUUCCAAGUAUAUCCAAUCAGCAACUCUUCGAUUAUU